AUGAAUACGUCUAGUAUAGUUGUGUUUUCUCUGACUGGUUUCAGUGCAACUGUGAACUACAGAGUCACACUUUUCUCUCUCACUUUGCUGUGUUAUUUUCUCAUUUUGAUGGUAAACAUAUCUCUUAUUUUAACUAUAAUAUCAGAUCAAAACCUACAUGAACCCAUGUAUAUAUUUUUGUGUUCCUUGUGUAUUAAUGGACUUUAUGGGACUGCUGGGUUUUUUCCCAGAUUUGCCUUUGAUCUGUUGUCUGACACACAUCUAAUCUCAUAUGUUGGAUGCCUUUUGCAAGUGUUUGUUAUAUAUUCAAAUGCAAAGGUUGACUACUCUACUUUAGUCCUAAUGGCUUAUGACAGAUAUUUGGCCAUAUGUAGACCACUGGAGUAUCACUCUGUAAUGUCUGUACGAAGGACUGUGGUGUUAGUCACUCUGUCCUGGCUUGUUCCUCUCUGCUUUGAGACUCUCGUCAUAAGCUUAACGUCAACACUUAAAUUAUGUGGCUCCAACAUAAACAAGCUUUACUGUGAGAACUGGUCAAUUGUCAAACUUGCUUGUGGUUCAACAAAAGUGAAUGACAUUGUCGGGCUGAUUUUCAUCACCUUUUAUUGUUGUCAUGUUGUCUGCAUUGCAUGUUCAUAUGUGCAGCUUGUUAAUGUAGCUUUAAAAUCUCGAGCAGGUAGGAAAAAGUUCACACAGACUUGUGCGCCACAUUUAUUUUGUCUGCUGAAUGUCACGACUGCUUUGCUUUUUGAUCUCAUGUUCUCGAGGUAUGGAUCAGCAUCUCUGCCACAGCAUUUAAAGAACUUCAUGGCCAUUGAAUUCCUCAUCAUCCCUCCUAUUUUAAAUCCAGUUUGUUACGGUUGGGUCCUGACUAAAAUUCGAAGGCGAAUGAUAUUUUUGUGUAGGCUAGCAUAUCAAAGAUUCGGUGUAAAAAGCCAAUAG